UUACUUCCUUGGUGAAUGAAGGAUUACAAUAUCCAAGGCAAAAUAAAAGCUAUUAACACAAGUAAUAUCUAUUGUCAGUGAAGGCAAGGAUUUACUGGUAAGCCUGAUUUUAUUGGAUCCUGAAAGUGGUGUAGUACAGUAAAGUUUUCCAUCAAAGAAAAUAGACACAUUUUACAAACAGAAAUGGAUCCUAGACUGCAUAAAGGAGGAAAGGUGAAUAUUGUUAAGUUUGGCAAAACAUCUUGUCCAAUUCUAUCCAAUUCCCCAUCUGUUAUUGUGAUGGUGGGUCUACCAGCCCGUGGUAAGACAUACAUUGCCAAGAAACUGACACGAUACCUUAACUGGGUCGGAGUUAUUACAAAAGUCUUUAAUGUUGGUGAAUACCGCCGAAAGUUGGUUGGUCCAAAUACGCCACAUGAUUUCUUCAAACAUGAUAAUACAGAGGCUCAGAAAAUACGGAAAGAGUGUGCAUUAGCAGCAUUGAUUGAUGUAGCUGAGUGGCUGGAAGGGGAUGGCGAAAUUGCUGUAUUUGAUGCCACAAAUACAACUCGAGAAAGAAGGAAAGUUAUUAUAGAUUUCUGUGAGAAGCAUUGCUAUAAGCCUUUUUUCAUUGAGUCCAUCUGCGAUGACCCUGAGAUUGUCCAAUCAAAUGUUACGGAAGUAAAACUGACAAGCCCUGAUUAUCAGCAGGUGAAUAAGGAGGAAGCAAUGAAUGAUUUUCUACAAAGGAUUGAACAUUACAAAGAUGCCUAUGAACCCCUUGAUGAUGAACUUGACCAUGAUUUGUCUUUCAUUAAAAUUAUCAAUGUUAGAGAUAGAUAUCUGGUUAAUAAAGUAACAGGACAUCUCCAAAGCCGUGUGGUAUAUUAUCUAAUGAAUAUUCAUAUCAUGCCAAGGACAAUCUACCUCACAAGGCAUGGAGAGAGCAUGUUGAAUGUAGAAGGUAAAAUUGGAGGAAAUUCAGAUCUAUCGGAGCGAGGAGAAUUAUACGCUAAAGGGUUAGCUGAUUACAUGGAGACGCAGAGUAUCACAGAUUUAAAAGUGUGGACGAGUCGUAUGAAACGGACUGCUCAGACAGCAGCAGAGAUUAAUGCACCAAUUGAGCAGUGGAAAGCACUGGAUGAACUUGAUGCAGGUGUCUGUGAUGGAAUGUCCUAUGAACAAAUCCAGGCUGAGUAUCCUGAAGAAUUUGCCCUGAGGGAUCAAGACAAGUACCACUACCGUUACCCAAUGGGAGAGUCAUAUCAAGAUCUUGUUGCACGAUUGGAACCGGUUAUUAUGGAACUUGAACGUCAGAAGAAUGUGCUAGUCGUUUGCCAUCAGGGUGUCAUGAGGUGCUUACUAGCUUACUUUCUUGACAAAAAUUCAAAUGAAUUGCCUUAUUUAAGAUGUCCACUCCAUACAGUAAUCAAACUAACACCUGUAGCUUAUGGUUGCCGAGUUGAAACGAUACCAUUGCCAAUUGAGGCUGUGGAUACCCAUCGAGAAAAACCAAAAGUAAUACCCAAUAUCAAGCGCGAGAAACACCUGUCUGGUGGGCACAGCCAUGCUGGUAGAUAGUGUCAUGCAAAAUGAUUCACCACCACAAGAUUUUCCUGGAUGCUCUAGUGUUAUAAAUUAUACUUAUACCAAGGGAUCUGUACUAUUUGAUUAUGGUGCUCCACAGAAACAACCCAAAAUAACAUUUUAAACCCUUGAAAAUUUUUUUUACAUUUUUAAACCAAUUAUUCCAAUCAACAUAGAUUAAAUUGAUGUAUGGCAUUUAUAUAUAUUCCAUUAUUACUACAAUUAAUUUCAUGCAUAUUAGUAAAUAUAUUUUGAAUGUAAAGUUCAAUCAUUGAUAUUUCGAAUUAAAAAUUAAAGCCAUUCUGUUUGAUUAAAAUAAUGUUUCAUUUAUUUAUAAAAAUUUAAAUAUGUUGUUCAAAGGUACACAACAUAGAUAGUUCUGAAAAGAACUGUUGUUCUUCGAAUCCAAAAAGGGAAAUACUGACUUUUUAAUUUAUUUGAUUUAAAUAUAAUUAUUUACUAUACUUUGCCUCUGUUUUGAUAUACCUGUAAGUUACAUCCCGGAUGACAGUGAAACACUUAUAAAAUAUCAUCAUUAUUGAAAAGUUUUUAAUUUAUCAUAAAAAAAAUAAAUAUAUAAGUGGUCAUUGCAGACAAUAAUUGGGUAUUUAAUUAUUUAUGUAAAUUAAUCUCUCUGGUAUACACUUAAAUUUUCAUAGGCCAUUAGGCUAAAGCAUUAAAUUUCUCUUUGUAUAAAACA